GGCUGAAUUUUCAUCUGACUACACUGACGUCAUCUUUGUUAUAAAUGAAACAGUAAAACAAUAUAAAGAUUGUAAAAUAAAACUAUACAAUAUUAUUCUCUAAAGAAACGAUCAAAGUAGGUAACAAUGGCUGAUCCAAAAUAUGAAAAUCUUCCGGGAAUUGCCUACGAUCAACCUGAUGUUUAUGAAACUGGCGACUUGCCUGAAGCUGACCAGCCUGAGCCAUAUGAAGACGAAGAAAACGAAUGCAUCGAACAACUGCACCUUUCUGUAAAAGAUUCCUUCAAUAAGUUCAGAGGAAAAUUUUUAACUGGAAAUGUUGAUUUCUCUGAUAGAUUGAGUAGAAAAACAAGAAUCGGCUAUAGAUCAGGUGAAUGGGAGCUUGCCGCCGAGGGCGACCCUGAGACUCCUCUGGAGAGGUACAACCGCUUAAGAUGUGAGUUUUCAGAGCUCCUAGAGCAAGUAACGGAACAACAGAACAGGGCCACUGAGAGUGAGAAGGAAGAACAUUCUAAAUUAGCUGCACAAAUAAUAACCACAAAGAAACUUUUGGAGGAGCUUAAAUUAGAAGAGGGAGAGCAGCUCGACCCUAAGGCUGAGAAAUUAAAGGAGUAUUUAUCAGUAAAUGGUAAGAAGAAGCACGGUGAGCUAGUGACGGCACAUCUCAAGUUGAAGCCUGAGGUCAACUUGGCUCAAACUGCGAGGAUUGCACAAUUGGAACACAGGUUACAUAAAUUGGAACAAGCAGCUGGUGUGAGAGACGAAGAGGCAUUCAGAAGACUACAAACAGCCACAGGAGAGGCGUCGCUAUGCGGUGCGGCGGCGGCGCUCGCGAGCCAGGCGGCGUUGCUGCGGCCGGCUGACGUGGCCGCGGCUGAAACGCGUGUCGCCGCAUUACUUACCAGCGUCGAUGCGCUGAAGGCCGCUAGACCUGCUGAGCUUGAGGCUAAGGUGAAUGAAUUGCACAAUCUAUUGAAACAAAUUGACGGCAUUUCUCACUCGGAGAUACUGGAGCGGAUGGAGGCGCUUGAAGCUCUUCACAAUCAAGCCAGCAACUUUGGCAAGUCGCUCACAGAAUUGGAAACUUUGCAAAGCACAAUCGCAAAUGGCGUUCAAAAUAACAAACAAUUACUUCAAGGAGUUCAAGAGGUGUUUGCUCACAACAUAGAUAGCUUACAGAAAGAAAUUAAAAAGUUAGACGAAAGGAUCGGAAAACUCAGUAUCGCAUGAUAGAACAGAUUAAAAAUGUCUAAUCCAAGCUUGGUUUGUUUAUUGUCUGUAGUUUCGUUGUCAAUGUCACUUUAUAAAUGACGGCUUAAAAUUUAAUGAAACCGAUUAAACAAAAAUCAAGAUAUUAUAUUAAUAACUUUGUUGUAUAUGGAUAUUGGAAAUGGACCAUGAUUUAAAGGCCAUUGAAUACAUAUUAUAAAUGACUAUGGGCCGAUUUUUUUAGUUCUUAUUUAAAAAAAAUAGUUGAAUAUUGUAAUAAACUAUUCUCAUAUAUUCUCCUGUUCUAAUUACCGGUUUCUUUUUCAUAUUUAAAACAUGACUUUUUCAUAUUGUUGUGUUAUAAGUACUUUUUGGGACAGAUUCAUUUUGUCUAACCAAGCAUUGAAAAAUCGCUUAUAAUAGCAAAUAAGUCGGUUUUAUUGAUUUUAUUUUAUACCUAAUACAAAUUUUGAAUUAUUUUGAAUGCUCAACACUGAUUAUUGUUGUGAAAACGCUUUUAUUAUUAUAGCCAAUUAAUUUGAUCACAACUUAAUCUAAAUCUGUAGACUGUAACUCUUAUUAAUACAAAAAUUCUACUUUUAGAUGUUAAAUUGCACACAUCAAUAUUGUCAUACGUGAAAAUUUAAAAAAUGAUCAUUCCAAUAUAACAACUUUAUCUGCUUGUGUUAAUCUCUAUAUUUAUGCAUUAUUUAAACGUUUCGAUACAAUAGAACAUUUUUUAU